CAGGCGGUUGCCGCGGUUCAAGACUCUUUUUAUCCAUGAGUAUUGUCCGGUUUGCCCUAGUCUCUCUUUUUCUAUUCUUCCUUUUAUAUUUGAUCAAUUAUUCCACGUUCGUUUUCCUGAGCCGGGAGCCGGAAUACCAGACUCAGAAUUCCUUCCCUUCCACUCUCGUUAGGAAAAUGCAUCUGAAUAUGUUGGACGCGACUCUGUCGAGCUUCGAUCAGGUCUUUGAGAGGUUCAAAUCCGACGCACCGAAGCAUCAAGUCAAUCUCAUCCUCUUCUUAGCCGAUAAGGACCCCUCCACCUCUCUCAGCUGGUGCCCUGAUUGUGUAAGAGCUGAACCUGUAAUAUACAAGAAGCUGGAAGCUUCAGCUACUGAUGUUGUCCUUCUUAGAGCUUUUGUGGGAGACAGACCAACAUGGCGGAAUCCGCUCCACCCAUGGAGAGUUGACUCAAGGUUCAAACUCAAGGGAGUUCCAACCCUUGUUCGUUGGGAGAAUGAUGCAAUAACAGGCCGCCUUGAAGAUGAUGAAGCCCACCUUGAACACAAAAUUGAUGGCCUAAUUUCUGGCAAAUAAAUUCUCUUUAUUAUCAAGUAUCAACAACUUAUUUCCUAGAGGAUGUCUUAGAAACUCAUUAUUUUGCUAAUCUAGACAGAGGAUUUCACUGGAAGUAAUCAUACAUGAUUCAAGGGCCUAUAGUUUAACGAUGGACAUGGCAUCGAAUAAAAUUGAAUGGUGAGACAGGGUAUGUGUAGCCAAAUAAAAUUCUUAAGAAGGGGUAAAUAGAUGAUCAACUUACUCUUC